AUGGUUUUUCUGACUCUGCCUGACAACAGAAUCAGUGGAAUACUUGAUGGUAUCAAUGCGCUCGUUGAUAACAAGGACUUCAAGUCCCUACGGCUGACCUGCCGACGUAUUUACCAACGGACCCAUGCGUACGCAGCCGUCCGGAACGAUUUCAAGCUCUUCGAAAUCGAAAUUGUUUUCACCCACCGAUCCCUCUGUCUCCUACUCCAUCUUGCUAAAAUCCCAGAGUUCCGUCAUAAGAUACGCACGAUCUUCUUCCAUUGGCCUCUCAGCAUGGAAUCAAGUGAAGCCAUCUACCUCCUAGCAGAAUGUCUGCGAUAUCUAGCCGACGCGAGGGAACUCUUUCUGAUGGAACUCAACGCCGAAGAAUUGCACUGGCUUAUGUUCACGGCAAUGGACCUCGCGCAAUUCCCGCAACGUUGUCUUCUCUAUCGUAUCGAGAUGAGACGACUGCUGGAUCAGGACUAUGGGGACUUUGGGCAAUCGCCUUCUUCGUUUGCGCGCUAUAUGAAGUGGACUUCUACUGAAGAUAAAACACCGACAGUUGAGUGGCAUAGGUUUGUACCCGUUCCCGAAGCCACGGAAGAAGACAACGACGAAGCAGACAGCGGCAAAGAAGACAGUGAACAAGAAGAAGACAGCGACGAGGAAAUGCAAUCAGACGAUGAUGAAGAGUCAGAAGACGAGGAAAUGCAAUCAGACGACGACGAAGAGUCAGAAGAUGAGGUAGAAGCAUUUCGGCACAGAAAAGCAAAUGAGUACAGGAAAGCGAUCCGGGAAGGCUACCAUGUUCGGGAUUACCGACUCAACAAACCCCUUGUUGCAAGCUUCUUCCACGGCAUGAAAAGUGUCCCACACUUGUACAUUGACGGCUGCGACUUCUUUCCCCGACUAAGAUUCUGCAACGCCUGUAACGAUAUCUUCGUACACAACAUCAUCAUGGUCCCCUUCACUCAGCUCACUACAUUCCAAAUCGGACACAUGUACGUCAGCGGCGGUCGUGUUCAGCAUUUCAUCAAACGUCACUCCAAUACGCUUAAGAAUAUCGAAUUCUUUGGCACAAUCUUGACCGACGGCUCUUGGAAAACCGUCGCACAAGUCCUCAGACAGAUCUCCGGUCUUGAGCACCUCAGGCUUCUGAACGAUAUUUGCCAGAGGGCAAAAGCUCAUCCAACCAAACGCCGGCCUAAGAAGUACGUGCGUUACGAUGGGUGGCGUACGCCGUUGGAUACUCACGCGGCUGUUCGGAGGUUUCUGAAGGAUUUUAUUAAGUACUUCUCGACGUCUAGGUAUGUUUAUGAGCGUGUGCCUCUCCGGCCUUUGCCGCAAUAUUUCAAGGUUGAUCUCUUCCAUUUGCCGUCCAGGUAG